UGCAGAUUCCGGGCGUGGUGACUCAAGUGUUUCCUCUGAAGUAGCUGAUGAACCUGGGGAACAUUUACAAAUCGGGAAAGAGUUUACUUUCCGUGUUACAGUAUUGCAAGCCACUGGAAUAUCACCUGAAUUCGCUGAUAUAUUCUGUCAAUUUAAUUUUUUGAAUCGGCAUGAGGAAGCUUUUUCUACCGAGCCUGUGAAGAAUACUGGAUCUGGUGCUCCGUUGGGUUUCUAUCAUGUUCAAAACAUAACGGUUCCUGUUUCAAAAUCUUUUAUUGAAUUUUUAAAAGUACAGCCGAUAACUUUCAAAAUAUUUGGCCAUUAUCAACGUCACCCUCUUCAUAACAUCGCGAAACAAGAUUUUCAAACGCGUCCUCCUCCCCGCCGUAUGCUACCACCAAGCAUUCCCAUUAGCCAACCUGUCCGUAGUCCUAAAUUUGGUCCGUUACCAUGCCCAUCAUCGUUAUCUUCGACAGUAUUAGCCAAACAUGACAUUUUAGUUUGGUUCGAAAUCUGCGAAUUAGCGCCAAACGGAGAAUAUGUACCAUCAGUCGUUGAACACAGCGACGACCUUCCAUGUCGAGGUUUGUUUUUGAUUCACCAAGGAAUUCAGCGGCGUAUACGUCUUACAAUUGUACAUGAACCAACACAAGAAGUGAAGUGGAAAGAUAUUCGUGAAUUAGUUGUUGGUCGUAUUCGUAAUAUACCGGAGCCUGCUGAUGAAAUUGAUGACGAUUCAUGCGUUUUGUCGUUGGGACUUUUUCCAGGAGAAAUACUUGAAAUACCUGGAGAUGAUCG